AGUGGAGGAGUGACCCCUUCAAAAGCGAAAAUGAAACGUUAAAGGGAUCAAAGGCUCUCUCUCUCUCUCACACACACACACACACUCACUCACUCAUCUCUCACUCACUCAUCUCUCACUCACGUUGCAAUCUCAGUGGAAAGAUUUUCGAUUCGGAUUCCAGAAAAGGAUCACAGAUUCAAAUUAUGGAUCCUCUGAAGGCAGCCAUUACCAACUUUUCCCUCGAUCUCUUCAAACACCUGAACAAAGCAGAUAAAACUGGGAAUAUCUUUGUAUCCCCGUUCAGUAUCUCAACUGCUCUGGCUAUGCUGCUUCUCGGUGCCGAAGGCAAUACUGCAGCUCAGAUGGUUAAGGUGCUUCAUUUUAAUAAAGUGAAGGACAUUCAUUCAGAAUUUCAGGCACUGCAGUCUGACAUUGUCAAAUUCAGUGCUCCGUGUCACGUGAAACUGGCGAAUCGUCUCUACGGGGAGGAAAACAUCACCCUGCACUCUAAAUACUUGGAGUCCACUUUAAAAUUCUAUCAGGCAGAAUUUGGCGUUGUCGAUUUUCCAGAUAGAGCAGAAGAAGCCAGAUCGCAGAUCAAUUCCUGGGUGGAGGAGCAGACUGAGGGUAAAAUCCCAAACUUGUUGGCUCAAGGAAUGAUCGAUCAAUUCACCAAACUUGUCCUCGUGAAUGCCAUCUACUUCAAAGGGAGAUGGACAAAGAGUUUUGAUAAAGAAGACACUGAGGAAAGGCUAUUCUUCAUCAGCAAGGAUGAUUCCAAGACCGUGAAUAUGAUGAGCCUGAAAGGAACAUUUAACGUGGCUUAUGUCGAGGAGCUUGAAACCCAAAUCCUAGAGAUCCCUUAUGCUGAGAACAAACUGAGUAUGUUCAUCUUGUUGCCAGAUUCCAUCAAUGAUAACUCUACUGGACUAGAAAAGCUUGAGAAGAGCCUCACGUUCGAUAAAUUGCUGAAAUGGACGAGUGCGGAAAGCUUGAGUUCCUCCACAGUGAAUGUUUAUCUGCCCAGAUUCAAGCUGGAGGAAAGCUAUGAUCUGCAGGCCACACUGUCCAGUAUGGGAAUGUCAGAUGUAUUUGAUGGUGCGAAAGCUGAUUUCUCAAGAAUGACUGGAGAACGGGGUCUCUCACUGACCAAAAUUGUUCACAAAUCUUUUAUAGAGGUGACUGAAGAGGGGACUGAAGCAGCAGCGAGCACAGGGGCUGUUCUGAUGUUCCGUUGCCUCAACUCGGAUGAGUUUGUGGCUGAUCACCCUUUUUUAUUUUUCAUUAGGGAAAGCAAAACCCAAAAUAUUUUAUUUUUUGGCCGAUUCUCAAUCCCUUAGAUCAUUUCUGUUGUACAGUAAAUGACGGUUGGAAAUGCUGGUCAGCCGGGCGCCUGACACAUGCAGAAACCCAUCACCAUGCUUAAGAGUAUGCAAACCAAAGAGCUCCACGCGUCCCACCCAUACAGAGAUAUUUCAUGGAAUGCCCACACUUUCCCUGCAUCACAUUAUUACAGACUGUAUUAAGCUCUGAUUAGGCUUAGGGCUCCGAGAAGGUGCACUGCGGUACAGAGCGUUGGCUCCAGUCUGACAUUCUGUUGUCAGACUUGUCACCUUGGAGCCAGUUCAGCUUCGUGGACCCUGCUUAACUCCCUUCCAAAGAGCUUACUUCAUUGGCAACUUGCUUAAAUGCUUAGCUCAGUUGGUAGCAUUUUCACCUCCUGAGUCAGAAGGUUCUGGAUUCAAACCCACAUUGGGAGUUUGAAUUCAGUCUCGGCUGUCCCUUCAAUACAGUGCUGGGUGAGCAAUUCAUUUUAAAGGUACCAUCCUGUAGAUGAGACAUUUAACUGAGACACAGCUCAGGUGGAUCUUAAAGAUUUUCUGGCACUAUUUGAAUUUUCUCCUGGCCAACAAUCCCCCAAAUAAAAUUGGCUAUUCACUUAAUAGCUGUUUGUUGGGGCACUUCUGUGUGUAGAUGGGCUACCACAUUUACCCUACAAAAAUAAUAGUCACUACACUUACAGUAAUUCCUGUGAAGCACUUUGAGCAGGCUUUAUCACUCCAUCAAAACAUCUUAAAUUGUUCCACAGGAUCUGCUGUAAAGUGUAGUGGCUGUAUUUAUUUGUAUUUGGCAGCCAAUUUGCACACAGUAAUGUCCCACCUUCAUUUCACAAAAUAAACACCAACUUUACUGAAAUCCUGUUAAGCCCUGUAAGACACCAAAAUGAAAGGUCACCCACUUGCCACGUUUGGGUUACAUUUCUGUUUCAAAGUCUACUAUUUCUGAAUGUAUUAUUUAGUGAUUGCACUAUCUAUAUUAAAAGCUAACCAUGAUAAACUGCUCUAAUCUUGUUCAGUA